ACUUCGGAAGUGCCCACUUUCCAUACGUCUUCGAACGCCCCGACUUCAGUCCGGGGCCUUUUAUCUUUCCAUAUCUCCCCAUGCGCCCCCCUUCGUCGUCGAAACCAGGAAUGGCCUCGAUACGCACUCGAUUCUUCCACGGGUAGCAACCACUGUUCCCGUCGGAACGAAACUGAACCUCGAGCCAACUCACUCCUUCGCCUCGGCCUCGGUGCUUACAAACCCGGUUUCGCCGUCCACGGGUGUGUAUACUGAGUACCACAGUAAACAAGCGCUACCUACGAAUUAGGUAGUUAGCACCGGCUCCAUUCUGUGUUCAAUUGACCCAUCAUUUUCACCGGACAUUUUCCCCCGCCUCUUGCUUUCCCUCAUUUUGCAUCUAUAUUCAAGCCCAGGCAGGGUUUUGGGUCAGGAUUGAAGAGUGCGGGAUCUCCCGGUCAUCAUCUCGCAGCGUGGAACAUGACGUCGACCGAAGGGUGGGACGAGUCUGAUUCGCCCGGAGUCCGGAGGAGGGCCGACGGCUCGGGGGACGGAAACUUCGCCGAUAAUCAUAUCGACCAUGCGGAGGAGACCACUAGCCUGCUGGGCGCCGGCGUUCACAGCAGCAAUGGGGCCACCGAUGAGACACAUGCUCCCGCUCAGGACGGUGGGUGGGCAGGCCGUGAGGACUUCGCUGGGUUACCGUGGUGGAAAACGCCAUCCGUCGGGUUCCUGUUGGCUCCGUAUGCCAUUUUCACACUCGCCUUUGGCGGCUCCGUCGUUCCAAGACUGAACCUCAUUAUCGACCUCGUCUGCAAGCACUACUUUGCCGACCGGUCAGCUACCGACCCGGACUUCACCUUCACCCCGGUGAUCCCGGGGGGUAACAACCGGCAGUGCUUCAUCCCCGAGGUGCAAAAGGCCGUGGCCAUCUUCACGCUUGUGCUCAACGUCGGCAUCGGCAUGCUCAGCUCCCUCUCGGCGCCGAAGUUGGGGUCGCUUUCCGAUCGCUAUGGCCGGAAGCGCAUGUUGAUUAUCUGUUCCAUGGGCGGCAUCAUGUCCGAGAUCAUCACCAUUAUCGCCGCCAAGUACCCCGAGACGGUCCCGUACCAGUGGCUGCUGCUCGGCGGCUUUUUCGACGGGCUCACGGGCUCCUUCACCGCAGGCAGCGUCCUGAGCCACGCGUAUACGAGCGACUGCACUCCGCCGUCGAAGCGGGGCGUCGCGAUCGGCUACCUCCACUCGUGCCUAUUCACAGGUCUCGCCAUCGGGCCCCUCAUCGCCGGUUACCUCGUCGAGUGGACCGGUUCCCUGCUGUCCAUCUUCUAUAUCCUUCUCGCAUGCCACAUCUUCUUCGUCCUCUUCAUGGCUUUCAUCCUCCCCGAAUCCCUGUCGAGGAAACAGCAGCUGCUGGCGCGCGAGAAGCACGCGCGCGCAAAGGAGGCCCUCGUGCCAGCCCCCGAUUACACUGGCCUCUCCCGGUCGCGAGUCCCGUUCGGACGGCACAUCAGCCGGCUGAUACGCUCGAUCCGGACGACGAACCCCCUCGCGCCGCUCGACAUCCUCUUCCCGACCGGCCCCGGCACCGGGCGGCUGCGGCGCAACUUCCUCAUCCUCGCCUUCAUCGACAUGAUCGUCCUCGGCACGGCCAUGAGCACCGGCACCGUCAUCGUCAUGUACGUCGAGUACAUGUUCGAGUGGGGCAACCUCGAGAGCUCCCAGUUCAUCUCCAUGACCUCCAUGGUGCGCGUCAUCAUCCUGGUCGGCAUCCUGCCCCUGAUCAACUACCUCUUCCGCACGCGGCCGGCCGCGCGGCGGCGCCGGCGCGAGAACCCAGACCACAACAACCACCACAACCCAUCACCACCCAUCGAAAAAAACCGCGGCGCGGACCAAGUCGACCUGUGGAUCCUGCGCGUGGCGCUCGUCUCGGACGUGGUCGGCAUCACGGGCUACGUGUUCGCGCGCUCGAGCGCCGUCUUCGUCGCCUGCGCCGUGCUGACCGCCUUCGGCGGCCUCGGCUCCGCCACCAUCCAGGCCGCCGUCACCAAGCACGUGCCGCCCCAGCGCGUCGGCCAGAUGCUGGGCGCCAUCGGCCUGCUGCACUCCCUCGCGCGUAUUGUCGCGCCGAUCGUGUUUAAUCAGUUGUAUGCGGCGACGGUGGAGGGGUUUCCGCAGGCUUUUUUUGUGCUGUUGGCGGUGAUGUUUGGGUUGGCGUUGGGGGCGUCGUUUUUUUUGGAGCCGAAUGUUUUCAUGGCGGGAGAUGACGAUGCACCUCUCCCUCCCCGGCCGAGUAGCAGCUCGGACGCGGCGCGGCGGGAUGCGCUGGAGGAUGAUGCCCUUCUGCCUUGAGGUGUAGACGCUGUGUGGAUAUGGGCUGGCGGAUGGAAGGGGGGGUGUAGAGGUUCAACCUGCAUGAGUAAGAUACACUGCAUAGUAGAGGAAGGGGGUUGCAUGGGUUUGGGGAGGCAGGUUUGUGGCUUUUCAACAGCGGGGUGGUGGCAUUAGAUGCGGUGUUGCAGAUGCUGGGGCGGCGGUUCAACUGGCGAUUUACAUAUAUACCCUGCAUUGAAUUGAGUCUUCAUUUUUGAA